CUUAGUCUGACGUCAUUUCCAAACAACAACUGUGACCUCGGAGCCGUCCCGGAGCUGUGGGGGGAGAACCGCUUGGCGUUUGUAAAAUAUCGUCAAACAUAUCUUAACGUUAUCUGAACUGUCCACUUUCUUCGCAUGGAAGCAAUGGAGGCGCUGCCCAAGGAAGAAACCCUACAACUGCGGCAGAAGCACUACGGACCUUCCUGUAAGCUGUUUUUCAAGGAGAACCCUAUCAAGAUUGUCCGUGCGGAGGGACAGUACAUGUAUGAUGAGCAGGGUAAUCAGUACCUUGACUGCAUCAACAAUGUGGCACAUGUGGGCCACUGUCACCCUACAGUUGUUAAGGCAUGCACAGAGCAGAUGUCGCUGCUCAACACAAACUCCAGAUUUCUCCAUGACAACCUGGUGACAUAUGCCAAGCGCCUCACUGCAACACUCCCUGAUAAACUGUCUGUCUGCUACUUUGUCAAUUCUGGCUCAGAGGCAAAUGACUUGGCCCUGAGGUUAGCAAGAACAUACACAGGAAACUAUGAUGUUGUUGUGAUGGAUAAUGGAUACCAUGGCCAUGUGUCAUCCCUUAUCGACAUCAGUCCUUACAAGUUUAACCACACAGGUGGGGAGGGACAGAAGCCAUUUGUUCAUUUGGUACCUGUACCAGAUGUCUAUAGAGGUCUGUACCGUGAAAAUGUCCCUGAUGUUGGGGAAAAGUAUGCCAUGGAGGUGAAGCACACCAUUGAUGCUGCUCGUAGACAAGGCAGAAAGAUUGCGGCUUUCAUUUGCGAAUCUCUGCAAAGCUGUGGGGGCCAGAUCAUCCCGCCACAUGGGUACCUGCGGGAGGUGUACAAGCACAUGCGGGAGGCCGGAGCAGUAUGUAUUGCAGAUGAAGUACAAGUUGGCUUUGGUAGGGUGGGCUCGCAUUUCUGGGCAUUCCAGGCAGUGGAUGACGAAGCCUGUCCAGACAUCGUGUGUAUGGGAAAACCCAUAGGGAACGGGCAUCCCAUGUCUGCUGUCGUCACAACACCGGAAAUCGCUGAGGCCUUUGGAGCAACAGGAAUGGAAUAUUUUAACACGUUUGGAGGCAACCCUGUCUCGUGUGCCAUUGGUUUGGCAGUGAUGGAUGUGAUUGACAAGGAGGACCUGAUGGGUAACGCCAGCCGGGUGGGAAACUAUCUGAUGGAGGGAUUCCGAAAACUGGGAGAAAAGCAUGACAUGAUUGGUGAUGUCAGGGGCCUUGGCUUCUUCAUUGGAGUAGACCUGGUAAAAGACAAGAAAAGCCGUGAGCCUGCCACCGUUGAGGCACAGCACAUCAUUUACAGGAUGAAGGAAAGUUUCAUCCUCCUGAGUACAGAUGGCCCCCAUCGGAAUGUGCUGAAGCUAAAGGGACCCAUGUGUUUCACUACUAAGGAUGCUGACAGGGUGUUGGUCAACUUGGACCAGGUGCUUACCGAGGUAACAGCUUGCACAGUAAACUUGAUAUUUCUCAGGCGACACAAAUUUAAUUUCUAGGUUCUUGGAUUUUAAAAAAAAAGCUAGAUUAAUGUCAGCAUGAAAAUAGAGUCUUAGUCUCAGAGGGAAAGUCUUACCUUGGUACAGUACAUACACUUAAGCCAGAUGCAUGUUUUCAUCCCAGACAACUGUUGUCAGAGUGUCCUCUUGUUCAGAUUUUACAUGAAAAUGUCAGAGAAUUAACAAAUUAAAUUGGUGUGGUCUUACAGCAAAGCAUGAGUGAAACAUACUGAUCCCCUACACAAGAUUAUAAACAAUUCUGUUGAAGAAUGAAGUUAUAUUACUGACUUGCAUGAUGGAGUGGUUUGAUUUACAAGUAAGAAUGUUGAGUACUGCAUGUGAGGUAGCGUUCAUCAGAUUUUCUUUCUUUUUAUGACAAAUGCUUAGGUGAUAGAUAAUGCGUGCACGUGGUCUUGGAGAAUCUAAUGAAAUAGAAGCUGACAAUAAACAUUAAGUUCAAUAAUCAUAUAGGUUGUUAAUAUUGUAUUCUAGAACACUUUGGAUUGAUCUACAGGUACCUACAUUUUUAGCAGAAAAUGACAACCAGUGUAAUUGCCUUUGCUAGAAGGUUAUGUUUUCGGUAGCAUUU